AUGAAAUUCUUCAAAUUUUCCCUGCUGGCGUUUCUACCAGCCCUUGUCCUAGGUCAAAACCUUACAUCUUUGCUAUCGAACACACCCCAAUUAUCCAGUCUCAAUGCCUUACUCUCCAAUUAUCCCAGCGUGAUCAAGACAUUCUCAAAUCUAACCAAUGUCACAAUUCUCGCGCCUUCGAACCAGGCGCUCGGCAAUUACACUUCCAAUUCCAGUACAGCUCUUUCCGUACUGAGCUCUACCAACCAAACCAUAUCGGAUCUCUUGACGUAUCAUAUCUUGCAAGGAAAGUUUUAUGCUUCUAACUUCAGCGCCACCCCGAAGUUUCUCCCGACGUACCUAAAUGAUUCAUCAUUGUCCAAUGUCACUGGUGGCCAGGUUGUGGAAGGAAUUGUGCUGAAGAAUAAGACUUACAUCUUCUCCGGGUUGUUGGCGAAUUCGAGUGUUACUCAAGCGAACCUCAACUUCACCGGUGGUGUGGUGCAUAUAAUUGAUAAAGUCCUCACCAUUCCGGCAAACAUCUCUUAUUCUGCCGCUGUCACCAACCUCACCUCUGUCGCUGGAGCUUUGAACGCAGGUAACGACACAAACACGGUUGACCAACUCCACAAUGUCACUAUGUUUGCACCCAUAAACUCAGCUUUCCAGGCUAUCGGUUCUGCAGUCAGAAAUCUUUCUACCAAAGCUCUCAAUAACAUUCUUGACUAUCACAUCGUGAACGGCACCAUUGCAUACUCAACGGACUUAUGCAAUGGCACUCGCCUGAAUGCUCUGAACAACGAGACUCUCAGCAUUCGUGUUCAGAACGGGUCUAUUUUCGUAAACUCGGCGAAGAUAGUCAUUCCCGACUUGCUCGUUGCUAAUGGAGUUGUGCAUAUUGUCGAUAACGUGCUCAAUCCUAACAAUACGUUGGCCACGCCGAUCCCAACAGCUUCCUCCCAAAAGGUUGCUUUCCAAAGUGCAUCCGCGGCCAGUAGUAUCCCAUUUACGAGUGGUAUCACUGUCACACCAACUGCUUUUGGGACUGGUGCCGGAUUUGGUUCUAUGGUCACUACUUGUUCACCCAGUCGUCAGGCUAGCUCUAAGCAUGCGCCUGCCACAACAUCAACUCAUUCUACUACGUCUGCAAAGACUACCCAUUGA